AUGGUGAACGCAGACGAGGUGGAGGCGAGCGGGCCGGAGAAGCUGCCGCUGGAGGGUGCGGGAACGGCCAGCGAGGGGCCCGCGGAGAAACGCGGGCAGCUGCUGUCCGGGCUGCUGGCUGUGAAUAUCCUCUUCCUGGGAUCUGCCCUGGUCCUCAGUUCCAUCUUCAACCGAGAGUCCGUGUCGGGCACCAACGUGUUGCUCCUGCUCAUGGCGCUGAGUGCUCUGGCCGUGGGCUGGAUGACCUUCCACCGGCUGGCCGUCCCCCUCGUCCCUCACCGAGACCUGCACGCCGGCGCCAUCUGGCUCCGAGGGGCGGUGCUGCUGUUUGGAGUCUGCACUAUUCUGCUUGAUGCUUUCAAGGUGGGAUACUACCUUCAGUUCAAGGGUGGUGCCCGCACCGUGAAGGUUGUUUACCCCAUUGUGGAAGCGAUCUUCAUCAGCACUCAGACAUUCUUAUUAUGGUUUCACUCGAGAGACUGCCUCCACGUGCACCGAGAUGCCACCAGGUGUGGACUGAUGGUGACCUUGGGCACCAACCUGAUAAUGUGGAUGACUGCAGUCACUGAUGACUCUGUUCACAAGGAAUUAGAGGUUGAACAGCAGGCCCCGCACAAUGGGAGCAGCUCACAGCUCACAGGUAUCGAGAAUAUCUCGGAUUUCCAGUGCCAGGGGGAACUCUGCACCAUAUUUCAGAGGGGCAUUGUUAUCAUGUACCCCUUUUCCAUAGAGUAUUGCCUCAUUUCUUCUACUAUGCUUUACAUCAUGUGGACCAAUGUCGGAAGGACCAUCAACCACCAUGGACCACAUACAAGCCACAGGUUCAGAGGUUACGGGCUUGUUCUGGGACCUCUGCUGGGUGUAGUGGCGAUAAUCAUCGGCUUGUUUAUCUUCGUCCUGUAUCAGAUUGAGGUUUCCGGGGACCCCACGCAGCCCGCCCCCUUCAUCCAGUUCUACAGUUUCCACAUCGUCUUGCUCUCCGUCAUGUCUCUCUGCUCUCUGGCUGCAUUAGCUGUUCACAGGUGGGAAGAGAGAGAGGUCGACUGCAUGGAGAACCCAAGCCGCAGCCUGGACGUGGUUUUGCUGCAGGUCGCUGCGCUCGGACAGCUGUGCAUCUCGUACUUCUCCAUCGUGGCCAUUGUGUCCACCCGCUCCGGACGGUCCAUGGAUCUCCUCAACCUUGUCUACUCCUUACUCAUAAUCAUCGAACACAUCCUGCAGAACCUCUUCAUCAUUGAGGGCUUGCACCGGCAGAGCGCUCCGGAGGACCUUUGCUUAAGCUUUGUCGGGGCUUGUGGUAAAGAUUCCACCAUCAACCUUCAGAACCUCAAGGAGCAAGGAUCUCUGUCCUCAGAAAUGUUCCAAGAACCCACGGAAGCAACAGUAAAUGACCAGGCGGAUGUGUCUGCUGAGCAGAAUGAUACAGAUGACCCACCAGAUGGCUCAUCUGACCUAAACUCCAGAAAACUCGCUCCCCCAGCCCCACAAUCCACCAACACGCUCAACUGGAAACGAAAAUUCCUGAAGGAGAUCUCGAUGUUUAUGAUCAUGUCCAACCUUAUCCUAUGGGUUAUGCCAGCAUUUGGAGCGCAGCCCCAGUUUGAAAAUGGAUUGGAGAAACGGUUCUACGGGUUUUCUGUCUGGUUUGCCAUUCUAAACUUUGGACUACCUUUGGGAGUCUUUUAUCGGAUGCAUUCUGCUGGCAAUCUCCUGGAAAUCUACCUCUCUGCCUGAUUUCUACGACUGUACGUGGAUGACCAGUUAUUGAAGAUAAACUUAACACCUGGAGGAGCCUAUUCUCUCCUGGUGGAAACUGCAUCACAUUCUGAUUGCCCACUCACCAUCCAACAGCCGACAUUUUAUCACCUAAAAGUAAGUCAUUGCUCCAUUCCCUUUCUUCACCUCAGACAAGGCUAAACUGCUGCUUGAUUCUUCAAUCUUUAUUAUUGAAGAGUAUAUCUCAAUUCCACAAAUACGUCAUGUCCAUUUUUGGAAAUAACUCAUUCUUCAGCCUUGAAGAAUUGAUCACUGUCUGAUUCCUCAAUAGAGAAGAUUGCUCACUGAAGAAUAGACCAUUGUCUGGCUCCUCACCAAAGAGUGAAUUGCUGCAUGAUCC